AUGCAUAAAUAUUCUCAUAUCACGACCGAGAUUCGGUUCACACCAAAACCAAACAUGCAAAUAGGUCUGGGAAUUGAUUUAGGAUCGACUGAUGUUCGCGUUGGAGCCUAUAAUCUUUUUACCAACGAAUUGGUGGCGGUUAAGUCGAGCUCAGUGCCAUACUACAACCACGGAAACAAAAGAGUAACUCAAAGUACAGAUGAGAUCAUAAGUGCCAUUGUUGAAUGUAUAGGGAUGCUUAAUGUUGAUUUAUCUAUGAUCAAAUCCUGUGGAGUGGCAGCUACCUGCUCACUGGCUUUUUUUGAGUACAACAAUGUAAAAGGCCUGAUACCUCAUCGCCUCUAUGAACUGGAAACAGAACCAGUGCAAAAUGUUGUGUUCUGGAUGGACAGCACAGCCACUAAACAGGCAGAAGAACUGAAUGCACUCAACGGGAGUGAAAAACAAUUCUUAGGAGGUGGGUUUAUCCCAGAAAUGGGCAUUCCAAAACUGAACGCCUUCCUUGAAACUUUGUCUAAUAGCAGCACCAAGAGCUUCGAGGUUUUUGAUCUCCAUACCUUCAUUGCAUAUGAUCUGGCUCAAAAGUAUCGUUGGGAUGCGACACUUCUGCUCAACAAGCCAAACCAGAAUGGUAUCGGCCAUGAUGGCGAAGUGAGAGGCUGGAGUGACCAAUUCUAUAGGAAUCCAGUCAAGUUACUCAAUAUUGUUAGAAUUGGACCUGUUAGAAUCAAUAGAAUGUGGAGCCCCGUCAAAGUGGCCAGCUGUAUUGAUUGCUAUGCAGGCUGGUUCGCUAUGUGUUUGCCGAAACCAGAUCGAACUCUGUUCAUGGCGGCAGGCACAUCCACCUGUUAUCUCUUCGCAAAACCCAGCUCCAAUCAAUGCAUCCCUGGCAUUUGGGGGCCCUUCACGGACAUAAUCGAUGAGGGUUCUGAUAGAACUUGGUCUGUUUACGAAGCUGGUCAAUCAACCACUGGAAAACUGCUAGAACAUUUGUUCAAAUCUCAUCCAGCCGCCCAACAAUACUUACUUGGCGGAAUAUCGUUGUUCGAUGUGUUAGAAAGAGCCAUUGAAGAUGUUGAGAGAAGCACAGGGCAGUCGGUUCAUUUGUUGACAAAAUACAUGUUCACAUAUGGUGAGUUACAAGGAAAUAGAACGCCUUUUUGCGAUCCCAAUAUGACAGGAAUGUUUAUCGGUGAAACUACUGACACUUCACUACAGGACUUGAUGUUCAAAUACGUGACGGUUCUCGAAUUUCUGGCUUUUCAAGCAAAACAGAUAAGGGACUGUCUAGGUGCGGACAUAGAGAACAUAACAGUGUCGGGCAGUCAAGCCAAAAAUUCUAGGCUUCUUUCUCUCAUUUCAAUGGUAAAUGGUGGACUUCCGGUAAGAAAACCAAUGAAGAGAGCAGAGUUGAUGGGCGUAAGAGGCGCGUUUCUCUUAGGCAAGUCUAGAUACCUCAAUGAAAGCUUACUCAGCACUGGAACGGAGCACUCUGCAGACUUUGCUCUUUUGGAGGUUGAAACACUUCCUUCUCUUAAAGAUAACGAUAAUGUACGCAGACUGCUCGCAGUCAAAUACGAGAUUUAUCUUGACAUGGCCAAAGUUCAGAGAAAAUAUAGGACAAUGGUUGACGUCCAAGUGAGUUGA